UUGUACCAAUGGAUGCAAAGACCUUUAUUAUGGGCCAAAAUGUGAACAUCAGUGUAGUUCUAAAUGUAAUUCCCAGAGCUGUGAUGCAGUUAAUGGUGCGUGUACUGGAUGUAAGGAUGGCUUCUACGGUCUAUUUUGUAACCAUACAUGUAGUCCAUCUUGUAAAUUUAACACUUGCGAUUUCCAUACUGGAGAAUGUUAUUAUGGAUGUAAAUCAAACUGGACAGGAUACUUUUGUAACAAAUGCAAUGAUUCGCACUUUGGGCAUAAUUGUUCUGAGAAGUGCAGCAUCAACUGCAAAGGUCGAAUGUGCAAUAAUAUCACUGGAGUUUGCAACGAUGGAUGUGACACUGGAUUCUUCAAGGAGACUUGCAAUAAAAAUUGUAACCCCGGUUGUUAUAACGGGUGCAACAGAGUUACAGGCUAUUGCGAUAAUGGCUGUGUCGAAGGUAAAUUUGGUACGGAGUGUCACGAAAACUGUGGAUCUGGCUGUCUUUCAAAGGGCUGCUUACGUUUUAAUGGAAACUGCAGUUGCGCAGAGGGAUGGAAAGAGGAUAAGUGUACAGAAUGUAGUCCAUACUUUUAUGGUAAAUUCUGCGAAGUAAAAUGUAGCCAGCAUUGUUAUAAUUUGACAUGUUUUGCUAACAAUGGAUCAUGUAUUGGUGGAUGUUCUGGGGAUUUUACAGAUGAAAAAUGCA